CCUUUCAGAGAGCCAUAAAUCCCAUCUCUAACUCAGAAAAAUACACUACCCAUAAUCCUUUGCAACUCCUGCGGAAGUCCUUUUCUUUCCUUCCGCCAUCGCCGAGGUCCCUUUUGGAUUUACAUCGGCGGUCACCAUGGCAGCCCUCAGGCCCCUCACUAAGCCCAAGAUUGUCAAAAAGAGAACCAAGAAGUUCAUCCGUCAUCAGUCUGACAGAUAUGUGAAGAUUGCGAAAAACUGGCGUAAGCCCAGAGGUAUUGACAACAGGGUCCGCAGGCGGUUCAAGGGACAGAUGCUGAUGCCCAACAUCGGUUAUGGUAGCAACAAGAAGACCAAGUACAUGCUGCCCUCCGGUUUCAAGAAGUUCCUGGUACACAAUGUCAAGGAGCUUGAGGUUCUGAUGAUGAGCAACAAGACUCACUGCGCUGAGAUCGCCCACAACGUCUCCUCAAAAAACAGGAAGGUGAUCGUGGAGAGAGCAGCUCAGUUGGCUAUCAAGAUCACCAAUCCCAACGCCAGGCUCAGGAGUGAGGAGAACGAAUAAACUGGUUCUAAAUAAACACUUUAUAAUGGAA